UCUACACAGCGAGUGUUGCUUCGUUGUUUCUGAAGAAAAACCAAAACCCUCAAAGAAAAAAGCGAAAUGGGGAAGACGAAGAUGUCAGAUUCAUCAAAAUCCGAUUACGAAGCUCUCAGAAACGCUCGCUUGUCAGAGAACAAGGCUAGGUUGGAAUCUCUGGGAAUUUUGAAUUCAGUUUCCAAGCUUCGACAAAUUUCUACUCCAACUAAAAAAGAGCGUCCAUAUACCAAAAGGGUUUACGGUCUCACUCCCCUCCGCCGAUCUCAGCGAAUCAAGGGUGUCACCGAAGGUACCACCACCGCGGCCGCGGCUCUUGAUAAUCUUCCGCCACGAAGAUCUUGCCGUUUGACGAGUAGUUUCAGCUACGCUGUUACCCCGAAACGAGAUUUAGGUGAAGAAGAGAACAGGCCUGCUAAUGCACCUUUUAUUGAACUAAAUUCGAAGGAUGUAGAGCAUUUUCUUUCAGCAGAGAAUUCUGCAAGGCGCUGCAACAGCAAGGGUAGAGGCAGUAUCUACAAUCCAGUAUUGGGAAUAUGCUGCCACUUUUGCAGGCAAAAGAAAUUGUGCGGGGAAGAAGAUUGCAAAAGAUGUGGGGAUUGUGAUGUGAACGAACCUUGUUUAGGAAAGACUGAUUGUUCAGUGUGUCACUCGAGCCAGGGUGUAUUUUGUAGAGCCUGUCUCAAGGUUCGGUAUGGUGAAGAAAUAGAAGAAGUGAGAGAGAACAAGGAAUGGAUGUGUCCACAUUGCACAGAAGAGAAAGGAAUAAACCCUUACUGGAUAUGUAACAGUUCAAUAUGCCUGAGGAAACGAAAGAUGCCGCCAACUGGGAUCGCAAUACACCAAGCUCGGGAAAUGGGAUAUGAAUCAGUUGCGCAUCUACUAAUGGAAAAACUUAAAGGUGGAAACUAGCCGAAAAGAGAAGAGAAUGACAUUUUCGAACAGCUUGUAACUUGUAGUUAUUUUCUAAUUUCUUAUAAUUUGCUAGUUAACAUUGAAGCUCAAAUUAGAUUUGUCUUGUCCAUUUAUUUUCUUUAUCAGGAACAAUUUUCAUUGAUGUAUUUGUUGUAAUCAGUGUUGGAUCCAUCUCUGUCUUACAUUUUUAUUAGAAGAAAAAACAAAAGGAGUACAUGAAAAAUGAGAUCAGGGUUAUUUUUUGGAUACAUGAUAUAUUAUGGCUACAACAUGUACUCAAGUUGUCUUCAUCACGAUCUACAAAGAAAUAUGAAUUUUUACAUUUUCAGUCUUUAAAAGGAA